GCGAGUACCCUUCUCUUCUUGCCGCCGGGGACUUCAGGCUGAGCCUUCCCAGGAAGACUGGGAAGUCUAUUGGUGCCCUGCGUCCCGGGAGUCCGAACCGAUUUGGUUCCCCCAUUGUGGUGGGAAAGGGCUUCUCCUUUUGUGUGGAAACGCAGGCCUUUCCCACCUCCAGGAUGAAGGCUCAGGGGGAAGCAGAGGAAUCGGAAAAGCUGAAUAAGAUGAGUUCUCUCUUGGAACGACUCCAUGCAAAAUUUAACCAAAAUAGACCUUGGAGUGAAACCAUUAAGCUUGUGCGUCAAGUCAUGGAGAAAAGGGUUGUGAUGAGUUCUGGAGGGCACCAACAUUUGGUCAGCUGUUUGGAGACAUUACAGAAGGCUCUCAAAGUAACAUCUUUACCAGCAAUGACUGACCGUUUGGAGUCUAUAGCAAGACAGAAUGGACUGGGCUCUCAUCUGAGUGCCAGUGGCACUGAAUGUUACAUCACAUCAGAUAUGUUCUAUGUGGAGGUGCAGUUAGAUCCCGCAGGACAGCUUUGUGAUGUAAAAGUGGCUCACCACGGAGAGAAUCCUGUGAGCUGUCCAGAGCUUGUCCAGCAGUUAAGGGAAAAAAAUUUUGAUGAAUUUUCUAAGCAUCUUAAAGGUCUUGUUAAUCUCUAUAAUCUUCCAGGAGACAACAAACUGAAGACUAAAAUGUAUUUGGCUCUCCAGUCCUUGGAACAAGAUCUAUCCAAAAUGGCAAUUAUGUACUGGAAGGCAACCAAUGCUAGUCCCUUGGAUAAGAUUCUUCAUGGAAGUGUUGGCUUUCUCACUCCAAGGAGUGGAGGUCAUUUAAUGAACUUGAAGUACUAUGCCUCUCCUUCUGACCUGUUGGAUGAUAAGACUACAUCACCCAUUGUUUUACAUGAGAAUACUGUUCCUCGAUCUCUGGGCAUGAAUGCAUCAGUGACAAUUGAAGGAACAUCUGCUAUGUACAAACUCCCAAUUGCACCGUUAAUUAUGGGAUCCCAUCCAGUUGACAACAAAUGGACUCCCUCCUUUUCCUCAAUCACCAGUGCCAAUAGUGUUGAUCUUCCUGCCUGUUUCUUCUUGAAAUUUCCUCAGCCAAUUCCAGUAUCUAGAGCAUUUGUUCAGAAACUUCAGAGCUGCACAGGAAUUACAUUGUUUGAAGCUCAGCCAACUUAUGUACCACUCUAUGAAUUGAUUACUCAGUUUGAGCUAUCAAAAGAUCCUGACCCCAUACCUUUGAAUCACAACAUGCGAUUUUAUGCGGCUCUUCCAGGCCAGCAGCAUUGCUAUUUCCUCAACAAGGAUGCUCCUCUUCCAGAUGGCCGAAGUCUACAAGGAACCCUUGUUAGCAAAAUCACUUUUCAGCACCCUGGCCGGGUUCCCCUUAUCCUAAAUCUAAUCAGACACCAAGUGGCCUAUAAUACCCUAAUUGGAAGCUGUGUCAAAAGGACUAUUCUGAAAGAAGAUUCUCCUGGACUCCUCCAAUUUGAGGUGUGUCCUCUCUCAGAGUCCCGUUUCAGUGUGUCUUUUCAACACCCUGUGAAUGACUCCCUGGUGUGUGUGGUAAUGGAUGUACAGGAUGCAACACACGUGAGCUGUAAGCUCUACAAGGGGCUGUCAGACGCGCUCAUCUGCACAGAUGACUUCAUUGCCAAAGUCGUUCAGAGAUGUAUGUCCAUCCCAGUGACGAUGAGGGCUAUUCGGAGGAAAGCUGAAACCAUUCAGGCCGACACCCCAGCCCUGUCCCUCAUUGCAGAGACAGUUGAAGACAUGGUGAAAAAGAACCUGCCCCCGGCUAGCAGCCCAGGGUAUGGCAUGACCACAGGCAACAACCCAAUGAGUGGUACCACUACACCAACCAACACCUUUCCGGGGGGUCCCAUUACCACCUUGUUUAAUAUGAGCAUGAGCAUCAAAGAUCGGCAUGAGUCGGUGGGCCAUGGGGAGGACUUCAGCAAGGUUUCUCAGAACCCAAUUCUUACCAGUUUGUUGCAAAUCACAGGAAACGGGGGGUCUACCAUUGGCUCCAGUCCGACCCCUCCUCAUCAUACACCGCCACCCGUCUCCUCGAUGGCCGGCAACACCAAGAACCACCCGAUGCUCAUGAACCUUCUAAAAGAUAAUCCUGCCCAGGAUUUCUCAACCCUUUAUGGAAGCAGCCCUUUAGAAAGGCAGAACUCCUCUUCUGGCUCACCCCGGAUGGAAAUGUGUUCUGGGAGCAACAAGACAAAGAAGAAAAAGUCCUCAAGAUUACCGCCUGACAAACCCAAGCACCAGACUGAAGAUGAAUUUCACAGGGAGCUAUUUUCGAUGGAUGUUGACUCUCAGAACCCUAUUUUUGAUGUCAACAUGUCAGCUGACACGUUGGAUACUCCCCAUAUCACUCCAGCUCCAAGCCAGUGUAGCACUCCCCCAACAACUUAUUCACAACCAAUACCUCAUCCUCAGCCCAGUAUUCAAAGGAUGGUCCGUCUAUCCAGUUCAGACAGCAUUGGCCCAGAUGUAACUGAUAUCCUUUCAGACAUUGCGGAAGAAGCUUCUAAGCUUCCCAGCACUAGUGAUGAUUGUCCAACCAUUGGCACCCCUGUUCGAGAUUCCUCAAGCUCUGGGCAUUCUCAGAGUGCCCUCUUUGACCCUGAUGUCUUUCAAACCAAUAAUAAUGAAAAUCCAUAUACUGAUCCAGCUGACCUUAUUGCAGAUGCUACUGGCAGCCCCAGUAGUGACUCUCCUACCAAUCAUUUUUUUCCUGAUGGAGUAGAUUUCAAUCCUGAUUUAUUGAACAGCCAGAGCCAAAGUGGUUUUGGAGAAGAAUACUUUGAUGAAAGCAGCCAAAGUGGGGAUAAUGAUGAUUUCAAAGGCUUUACAUCCCAGACAUUAAAUACUUUAGGGGUGCCAAUCCUUGGAGGUGAUAAUGGAGAGACCAAGUUUAAAGGCAAUAGCCAAGCUGACGGUGUUGAUUUCAGUAUUAUAACAGUGGCUGGCAAGCCUUUGGGUCCUACAGAUAUUAUGGAGCAUCACAGUGGUAGUCAGAGUCCCUUAUUAAGUACUGGGGACUUGGGAAAAGAAAAAAUUCAAAAGAGGGUUAAGGAAGGCAAUGGUACUAGUAAUAUUAGUCUGUCAGGGCCAGGGUUAGACAGUAAACCAGGGAAACGCAGUCGGACCCCGUCUAAUGAUGGCAAGAGCAAAGAUAAGCCUCCAAAGCGAAAGAAAGCAGACACGGAGGGGAAGUCUCCAUCUCACUGUGCUAACCGACCUUUUACCCCACCUACCAGUACAGGGGGCUCCAAAUCUCCAGGCAGUUCAGGGAGAUCUCAGACUCCCCCAGGAGUUGCUACACCACCCAUUCCCAAAAUCACUAUUCAGAUUCCCAAGGGGACAGUGAUGGUGGGCAAGCCCUCAUCUCACAGCCAGUACACCAGCAGUGGUUCUGUGUCUUCCUCUGGCAGUAAAAGCCAUCACAGCCAUUCUUCUUCCUCUUCGUCUUCUGCUUCCACCUCAGGCAAAAUGAAAAGCAGUAAGUCAGAAGGUUCAUCAAGUUCCAAAUUAAGUAGCAGUAUGUACUCUAGCCAAGGGUCUUCUGGGUCUAGCCAGUCUAAGAGCUCAUCCCAGUCUGGCGGGAAGCCAGGCUCUUCUCCCAUUACCAAGCAUGGUCUGAGCAGUGGCUGCAGCAGCACCAAGAUGAAACCUCAAGGGAAGCCAUCAUCACUUAUGAACCCUACUCUAAGUAAGCCAAACAUAUCCCCUUCUCAUUCAAGGCCACCUGGACCCUCUGACAAGCUUGCCUCUCCAAUGAAGCCUGUUCCAGGGACGCCCCCAUCUUCUAAAGCCAAGUCUCCUAUCAGUUCAGGUUCUGGUGGCUCUCAUAUAUCUGGAACUAGUUCAAGUUCUAGCAUAAAAUCAUCUUCAGGGUUAGGAUCCUCAGGCUCAUUGUCCCAGAAAACCCCUCCAUCAUCCAAUUCUUGUACAACAUCUUCCUUUUCUUCAAGUGGCUCUUCCAUGUCAUCCUCUCAGAACCAGCAUGGUAGUUCCAAAGGGAAAUCUCCCAGCAGGAAUAAGAAGCCGUCCUUAACGGCAGUGAUAGAUAAACUGAAGCAUGGAGUUGUCACCAGUGGCCCUGGGGGUGAGGACCAAGUGGACGGCCAGAUGGGAGUGAGCACAAACUCAUCUAGCCAUUCCACGUCCUCCAAACAGAACAUGUCAGGAGACUUCCAGGGGAAACGUGAGAAAAGUGAUAAAGAUAGAUCAAAGGUUUCUACUUCGGGGGGGUCAGGGGAUUCUUCCAAGAAGACUUCAGAAUCAAAAAAUGUGGGGAGCACUGGUGUGGCAAAGAUUAUCAUCAGCAAGCAUGAUGGAGGAUCCCCCAGUAUUAAAGCCAAAGUGACUUUGCAGAAACCUGGGGAAAGUAGUGGAGAAGGGCUCAGAUCUCAGAUGGCCUCUUCUAAAAACUAUGGCUCUCCACUCAUUAGUGGGUCCACUCCAAAGCAUGAGCGUGGUUCUCCUAGCCAUAGUAAGUCACCAGCAUAUACCCCCCAGAAUCUGGACAGUGAAAGCGAGUCGGGCUCCUCCAUCGCAGAAAAGUCGUAUCAGAACAGCCCCAUCUCAGAUGAUGGCAUCCGACCACUUCCGGACUACAGCACAGAGAAACAUAAGAAGCACAAAAAGGAAAAGAAGAAAGUCAAAGACAAAGAUAGGGACCGGGAACGAGACAAAGACAGAGAUAAGAAAAAAUCUCAUAGCAUGAAGCCAGAGAAUUGGUCUAAAUCGCCUAUCUCUUCAGACCAAUCCUUGUCUAUGACCAGUAACACGAUCUUGUCUGCAGACAGACCCUCAAGGCUUAGCCCUGAUUUUAUGAUUGGAGAGGAAGAUGAUGAUCUUAUGGAUGUGGCUCUAAUUGGCAAUUAAGAACUUUUCUUUCUAAAAAAACAUGACCAGGCAAACCUAAUGUUGUGGGAAAAACCCACCAUAAGGGGUGAGUCAGAUCUGAUUUUUGUUUUAAAAUCUUAAGUGGCUUGGCUCUGACACUGAGCUGGUUGAAUUUAGAGAGGCAUAGCCAAACCUUAAAAAGACCAUGGGGUUUGGUUCUGGUUCCUUUUACUUUGCCACAAAGAAAAAAAUACUUGCUUAGGAAAAGGGGGGUGGGCUGGGCAGAGUUAAGGGGUAAGGAAGGGUGGGAAACUUUUGUGGGAGAUAUUCAUAUAUAUUUUUUCUCCCCCUUUCCAUUUUUAGGCCAUGUUUUAAACUCAUUUUAGUGCAUGUAUUUGAAGGGCUGGGCAGGACAUGAAGAAGCAAUACAUUCCUUGAUGCAUUUGCAUGGAGGUGGUUCACCUUUGUUUGGGUAGUUGCCCAUUUGAAGCAUGGGCAAAUGAAGGACUUUGGUCAUUUUGGACACAUAAGUAAUGUUUGGUGUCUGUUAGGAGUGAUUGAGGGUGUUUUAGCUAUUUAUUUGUAAUAUUUUAAUCCUUAUCUGUUUGUUUUUAUACAGUGUUUUUAAUUCUAUGAGGUUCAGGGUUCAAAAUGCAAAAUGGGAGACAAGAGCAAGGCUUAUUUGGUGAUUUGGGGCUUGUAGGUUGUGAUGCUAUAGCAUCGAGCCCAAGUCUGUAGUCAGAACCCACCUUUAGAGUUAAGUAGAAAAACCCAAAUGAUAUUGUUUUAUUUUUUGGAGGUUUUUCAUAGGGUUCAGACAUCAUAGGAAUAGGAGCUACCUCCUAGUGGAGGUAUUAAUUUAUACUCUUUCUCUUAAAAAAAUCUGGGCUGGCUUUUUAGGAUGAAACCAUAUUUUCAGAUGAAGCAAUGUUUAAUGUGGAACAGCCUCCCCAAGCCAGUGGCAUGAAAACCAUUACAGAAUUAAUAGUUCUUCUAGUCCCACAAUGUGCCAAAAUCCAAAUCCCAGCAUUUGGUUUGUAGAAGUGAUGCCAUUCCCGAGAGCUGGGCUCCUUGUUUAUCUUCCUUGGAAGUUGGAGGAGUUCAAACUUUAAACACUCCACUCUAUACACCCUGAAAUAAAACAGUUAAAAUUUGCAGCCAUAGUUCACUUAAAACAAUUUCAAUCUCACUUGAAGAAGUGGGGACCUGGAAUGCUAGGUGGGCAUGAAGAAAAAACCUUGCUACUGUGUAGCAAUACAUUUGGACCUUUUUUGAAGAAAUGGGUCUGAGUCUGGAUUCUGGGGGACAUCAUUAAAAAGCCCUUUAAAUAAAAUAUCAAAAUCCAGGAGACCGUUUGAGUGCAACACAAGUUCUCAGUAUUUGGAGGGUCCUCUCAAAAUUCCGCGGCCUUACUUUGAUUUUGACACCUGCACUGUGCCAUUCCUGAUAAUUCCAUUCAGGAUCUGUAUCAGCAGGAUGGGGCAUGGUCCCCAGCACAACUCUUCUGGAUUAAAUAAAUGGGAAAAAACAAACAAAAAAAAGCCAGGUGAUUCUUUUUUUCUAUUUGUGUCGUAAGUGGAGUGAAGUCAUCAGACGUGGAAGAUGAUUUCUAAAUUCAGCUUUCUGCGGGCUGGAGUUAGCAUAAAGUUGGAAAAUCAGCUUUGGCUUUCUGUCCUGGACUGUCUGACUUCCUCUAGUGUUCUCCCUUUCCUCGUCAUCAGCUCUCAAAAACUGCCACUUUUGUGUCCCAAGGUAAUAAGAACUAGGAAACGAAGUAUUGCAAAGUGGAGCAAGAAAAGUUAUCAGUUACCGUAUCAGAGUCAAAUGUCUUGGGUGACACUAAGGAGGACACGGGCAAAGUGAUACCAGAGUGCUUUAUCUUGUGAUGCUGAUACAGUAGCAGCCUCUCAGACACACAACAGGUUGGAUUUCUCACAAGUUUGUCACCUAGUUUUGAAUCCUAUCCCAUUGGUUUCUGCAGGAAAAAAAAAAGUUAACAGUUUUUUUAACUUUGUGCUGGGUGGGGAAGAUCUUAAUGGGGAAUGUACUGCAUAGUAUCAGAGGCUCAGCUCCCCCAAGCAGAGCCAACAAAUUCCAAAAUGAGUAAACUGGGAAGCUUUUUCUCUCUUUCUGUCUUCAUCCCAGAUCAAAGAAUCCCGAGUUAGGAUCUGGAUGAAGGAUAAGCCCCUGAAUUGUCGAUGGGCACACCCCACACACUGACCCAGCAUCUGAACUUGCUUAACAGGGAGCCGGGGCUAAACUGCUUCACCCUGCCUGAGAACCAGGGAGCACUGCAUUUCUCCACAGGGUGGAGGAGAAGAGGCAGCAUAAACCAAGCC